AUGUUAUACAAAUUCGAAACAAAAGCAAGUAGAGUAAAAGGAUUAAGUUUUCAUCCAACUCGUCCAUGGAUUUUAGCAAGUUUACAUUCUGGUUCAAUUCAUUUAUAUGAUUAUCGUAUUAAAACAUUAUUAGAGAAAUUUGAUGAACAUGAAGGUCCAGUUAGAGGUAUUAAUUUUCAUAUGACACAACCAUUAUUUGUAUCAGGUGGUGAUGAUUAUAAAAUUAAAGUUUGGAAUUAUAAACAACGUAGAUGUUUAUUCACAUUAAAAGGACAUAAAGAUUAUAUUAGAAGUGUUGAAUUUCAUAGAGAAGCACCAUGGAUAGUAAGUUCAAGUGAUGAUAUGGUAAUUCGUAUUUGGAAUUGGCAAUCACGUACAUGUAUAGCAGAAUUGAAUGGUCAUAAUCAUUAUGUUAUGAGUGCAUUAUUUCAUCCAAAGGAUGAUUUAGUAGUUUCAGCAUCAUUGGAUCAAACCAUUCGUAUUUGGGAUAUCUCUGGAUUGAAAAAGAAAAUGACCACCGUUAAACCAUAUAGAGAGAAUGAUCCAAUGCGUUUACAAGAUGAAUUAUUUGGAACUGAUAUAUCGGUUAGAUUAUCAUUGGAAGGUCAUGAUCGUGGUGUAAAUUGGGCAAGUUUCCAUCCAACCCAACCAUAUAUCGUAUCGGCAUCAGACGAUCAUCAAGUUAAAUUAUGGCGUAUGAAUGACCCAAUCGUAGAUACAUUCCGUGGUCAUUACAAUAAUGUAUCAUGUGCACUCUUUCAUCCUCGUCAAGAUUUAAUCAUUUCCAAUAGUGAGGAUAAGACCAUUCGUGUUUGGGAUAUUAUAAAGAAAUCUACCGUUCAUAUGAUUCGUCGUGAUCAUGACCGUUUCUGGACUUUGGCAUCUCAUCCAAAUCAAAAUUUAUUCGCUGCUGGUCACGAUAGUGGUAUGAUUGUUUUCAAGUUGGAGAGAGAACGUCCAUUGUUUGUUCAAAAUGGUGAUAGUGGUGUUUUCUUUUUAAAGAAGAAAAAUUUCAACUCUUUUGAUUUCCAAGCUGGUCGUACUGUUUCAUUAUUCCAUAUCUCCAAAUUACCAUCAAACAAUGGUACUCAAACCAUGUCUUACAAUCAAACUGAAAGAGCAAUUCUCGUCUCAUCAGAUGCUGAAGGUGGUUCUUAUCAUCUUUACAAGAUUCCACCAAAAGAUAGUAACACUGUAAACACAAAGAAAGGUACUGGUGUUGCUGCAAUUUUCGUUGGUCGUGAUCGUUUCGCCGUUUUAGAUAAAGGUAACAAUGUUGUCAUUAGAGAUUUAGAGAAUGAAGAGAUUAAACGUUGUCAAAUUCCAUUCACUAUCGAUUGGAUUUAUCCAUCUGGUUCACCUGGUACCAUUUUAAUUCAAUCUGAAGAUAAAAUCCAUAUGUUUGAUAUUCAACAAAAGAAGAUGCUCUGUGAAAUUCAAGUACAUGGUGUAAGAUAUGUAAUUUGGAGUAAGGAUAGAAAUUAUGUUGCCUUUUUAACACGUGAUUUCAUCGUUUUAGCCAAUAAGAAACUUGAACAAAUUUGUAUGAUUCAUGAAACUGUACUUCCAAAGAGUGGUGUUUGGGAUGAUAAUGGUGUUUUCAUCUAUAGCACUUCAAAUCAUUUGAAAUAUCUCUUACAAAAUGGUGACAAUGGUACAAUUAGAACUUUGGAAUCAACAAUCUAUAUCACUGGUGUAAAGAAUAAUAAAGUAUUUGCAAUUGACCGUGAAUUUAAAAAUCGUAUCAUUGAAAUCGAUACCACAGAAUAUGUUCUCAAAUUAUCAUUACUUCAACAAAAUUAUAAUCAAGUUAUGACAAUCCUCAGAGAGAAUCGUUUGGUUGGUAAAGCUAUCAUUGCUUAUCUUCAAAAGAAAGGUUAUCCAGAUGUAGUUCACUUUGUUAAGGAUGAUCGUACUCGUUUCAAUUUAGCAUUGGAUGCUGGUAAUAUCGAUAUUGCUCUCUCUAGUGCAAAGAUUUUAGAUGAUAAAGAUUGUUGGAAUCGUUUAGGUGUAGAAGCCCUAAAACAAGGUAAUUAUCAAGUGGUUGAAAUGGCCUACUCUCGUACAAGUGAAUUUGAUCGUCUUAGUUUCCUCUAUCUAUUGGUUGGUAAUUUAAGUACCCUCAAAAAGAUGAUUUCUUAUGAAUCUAGUGAUAUCAUGAGCAGAUUCCAUUUCUCAUUAUAUUUAGGUGACGUAGAAGAAAGAAUUAAAAUUCUUCAAGAGGCAGGUCUUCAUCAAUUGGCUUAUAUUACAGCUUCUAUUCAUGGUUUAACUGAAAAGGCUGAGUCCAUUGGUAAUUUAAUCACUUCCGAUGGAAAAUCUCAAUUACCACAAUUACCAAAACAAUCUUAUCUCUUGGUACCACCUUCACCAAUCAAUUGUAAUCCAAAUGAAUUAAAUUGGCCAUUACUUACAACUACAAAAUCAGUUUCUGAUGUUAUGGGUGAAAAUAGAUUUGGUGUUGAACAAUCAACUUCAACUCCAACAGGUGAUUGGGAAAGUGAUGAAGAUAUUUUCAGUGAAGGUAAAUCACAACAACAAUCAUCACAACAACAACAACAACAACAACAAAAAGGUGAUUGGGAAGAAGAUAUUUUAAUUGGAGAUGGUAAUAAUGGUGGUGGUGAUGAUGGUGGUUGGGAACGUGAUGAUUUGAAAGGUUUAGAAAAAAUUGGUACAGAUGGAUUUAAUAAUAAACAAAAUGAUCAUGUUGCAUUAUUUGUACCACCACAACCAGGUCCAUCAUUCUCAAUGAUUUGGGCAAGAAAUUCACAAUUUGCAGUUGAUCAUAUUGCAGCAGGUAGUUUUGAAAGUGCAAUGAAUAUUUUAAAUAGUCAAAUUGGUGCAGUCAAUUUCGAUCCAAUCAAAUCAAUGUUUAUGAAUAUCUUUAUGGCUACUCGUUCAUCAUUAGGUUGUAAUGCAUCAACACCAUCACUUUUAAUGCCAAUUCAAAGAAAGAGUGCAGCACCAUACAUUACCUAUGGACUUGGUCAUCUCAUUGAACGUUUAAAGACCAACGCCUAUAAAUCAACAACCGAAGGUAAAUUCAAUGACGCUCUUUCUCAUUUCACUUAUAUUCUUCAUACAAUCAUCUUUUGUUCAGUUGAUAAUAAACAAGAAGUGAAUGAACUUAAAGAUUUAAUUAACAUUUGUCGUGAAUAUAUCUUGGGUAUUAAAAUUGAAUUACAAAGAAAAGAACUCUCAAUUGGUGCUCAAAAAGAUUCAACACUUGGUAGACAAGCUGAAUUGGCCGCUUAUUUCACUCAUUGUAAUUUAGAUCCAUCUCAUUUAAUUCUUAGUCUUCGUUCCGCUAUGAAUUGCGCUUACAAAGUUAAACACUUUAAUUUGGCAGCUUCAUUUGCACGUCGUCUCAUCUCUCUUAAUCCAAAUCCUGAUCUUGCCACUCAAGCUAAAAAAGUUUUCAACUUUGCUCAACAAACUCCAACCCCAUCAGAUAUUCAACAAUUAAACUAUGAUGAACGUAAUCCAUUUGUAAUUUGUGCUCACUCUUAUGUACCAAUCUAUAAAGGUUCUCCAUUAAUUAAAUGUCCAUAUUGUUCAAGUUGUUAUUUACCAACUCAUAAAGGUAAAGUUUGUUCAGUUUGUCAAAUCUCUGAAAUUGGUAAAGAUGUUCAAGGUUUACAAGUUAUUACAAUUCAAAAAUAA